UGAAGCCCAGAUCCAUAUCAAGGUCUCUCUUACUCCCUUUACUACCUUCUAUCUCGCGCAUUGCCUCUGCAAAACUUAAUCGUUAAUCGCAGAGAGGGAAACAAAGAGGGCGCCUUAGAGUUUCUUUAAGCGAGUUUUAGCAGAGGAGUAGCUGCAAAACCUUCAGGGAGGAUAAGAUGUCAGGAAGGAAAGAAACGGUUUUGGAUUUGGCCAAGUUUGUAGAUAAAGGUGUUCAAGUCAAGCUCACUGGUGGAAGACAAGUGACAGGGACUCUGAAAGGGUAUGAUCAAUUGCUAAAUCUUGUCCUGGAUGAAGCUAUUGAGUUUCUUAGAGAUCCUGAUGAUCCAUUGAAGACUACUGAUCAAACCAGGCAACUUGGCCUAAUAGUGUGUAGGGGAACUGCUGUGAUGCUUGUGUCGCCAACUGAUGGUACAGAUGAGAUUUCCAACCCUUUCGUCCAGCCGGAUGGGGCCUAAAUCUAUCUUACAUCUGUUUUCCUUCCCAAACCGCUAACUUUGAAUCUGUAUGCCCUUUUAUGCUUGUUUGCCACACUUUUUUUUAAAGUUGGCUUAUUGCAAAAUAGAUAGUUAUUAUAAUAUUGGUAUUAGCCUACUCUUAGCACCUGAGCCUGGCUACUCUAUGAACUAAUGUGUUAAAAUUGUCUAUCUCACUCUGUUCAUCUCCAUUGAUGCUCCUCG